CCCAGCUGGGAAUCUGAAGGUGCCGCUGCCUGGUGAGCGGCUAGCAUGGCCCGGCUGCAGCCCGCGGGGAGCCGGCGGCUCGCUCCCUUGCCCCGCCGGGCGCCCAGACUCGCUCCGCUGCUGCUGCCGCUGCUGCUGGCGCUGCCCGACGGGGCGAGGGCGGACUGCCCGUGCCAGGUCCCAGCGCUGUGCCGUCCCAUCACCCACCGCCCCGACUUCGAGGUGUUUGUAUUUGAUGUUGGAUAUAAAACUUGGAAAUAUUAUGACUGGUCACAGAUUACAACUGUGGUACUUUUUUCAAAUUAUGACCCAGAACUUAUGUGCCAUGCUCAUGCAAAAGGAGCCAGAGUAGUGUUAAAAGGAGAUGUAUCUGUAAAGGAUAUCAUUAAUGCUACUUUCAGAGCAUCCUGGAUAGCUCAACAAGUUAAGCUGGCCAAAACACAAUAUAUGGAUGGAAUUAAUCUAGACAUAGAACAAGAUGUUGCUCAUUCAUCACCUGAAUAUUAUGCAUUAACUGCUUUAGUUAAAGAAACCACAGACUCUUUCCAUCGUGAAAUUGAAGGAUCACAGGUAACCUUUGAUGUACCUUGGGGUCCAAACUGCGUCGGUGCAAGGUGCUAUAACUAUACCGGAAUUGCAGAUGCCUGUGACUUUCUCUUUGUGAUGUCUUACGACGAACGAAGUCUGGCCUGGUCACGAUGUAUUGCAGGAGCCAAUUCUCCCUAUAUUCAGACAUUAACUGGAUAUGAUGAAUUCAUCAAGAUUGGAAUUAACCCUAAGAAACUUGUAAUGGGUAUUCCCUGGUAUGGUUAUGAUUAUACCUGCCAAAAUCUAUCACUGGAUCAUGUUUGUACCACUGCAAAAUACCCUUGUAGCGAAGCUGUACAUCAUCAAGUGGCUUAUCAGACAAUUAUGAAGCAAGUAAAUAGUUCUACUUCUGGAAGGCUGUGGGAUAAAAAUCAGCAGUCUCCUUAUUAUCACUAUAAAGAUCAGGCUGGCCAUUUCCAUCAAGUGUGGUAUGAUGACCCUCAGAGCAUUUCUCUAAAGGCAUCAUAUGUACAAAAACGUGGCUUACUCGGCAUUGGCAUGUGGCAUGCAAACUGCCUUGACUACUCUGGAGAUGCUAUAGCAAAACAGCAAACUGAAGAAAUGUGGAAAGCCUUAAAACCAAAGUUGUGACCAGAGAUGAACGUCUUUUGUUAAACUAUGAAGAUUUAGAAAAAUGAUCUGUUUAAAUCUAUCUAGUUUCUGGAAGAGAUUAAAAAAUUUAGACCUUUUUUCAUGUUCUUAUAUAUUUUAGUUAUUAGUAUUCUCAAAAACAGAUAAAGAACAAAGAAAUGCUUUGAUUGUUUGAAAUUGAAAAAUACUUACCUAUGUAUAUCUUCUGUGGUACACAACAUAAAGGUAAGAAGCAAGUCAACUUACCAUGUCAAAUAUUCCCCUGUAAGAAGUUUAAUACCUAUAGUUGGGAACAACUGCUUUCAGAAUUUUAUUAUGCUAAAAUUUUAAAUGAUAAUAAAUGAUAUUAAAAUAUAUACUUACAAAUCAGUGACAGUUUUAAAAAUAUGUAUAAUUUGAAGUGGAAAUUGUUUGCUUAGGGAUAGAUUUUUAAAAUUUUACUCUGGGAAUCUGUUUUAUACUUUUUUCAAUAAAUUUUAAACCUGCAAUUUUGUGUCUUUAGGUUCACCAAAUUGAUGCAAAUAAUUUUUCUGCUUCCUGAUUCCUUAUAACACUCAUGUUCUCUGAGUCACUUGAAUGAAACUCACUUAAGUCUCCAAAGGGGAAAAAAAUGAAUAUAAAAGAUCAAAAUACUUAGAAAAUAUAAGAAGGUAACUUAAUAGUAAUUUUUGAAUUAGUAGGUUAAAUAUAUCUAAUAUUUACCAACUAAUUAUUUUUUUGAGGUCAUAUCUGAAAUGUUUACAAAAAACUUGAUGUUGAACCCAGUUCUGUUCAUUGUCAUUUACCCUUCCAAAUUAUUAAUAUUCCUUCACUGAUGGACAUUUAUAUAUCCUGGUUAGUUUUGUUUGCAUAGUUAAAUUUUUUCAAUUUCUAUAUCUGUGUUUUGAUUAUCUAAAAACAUUAGUUUCUUAACUGUGGUUUUCUUCCUAAAAGAAAAAUUUUGUGCAAAGAAA